AUGGUUGUCUCUCCGUUCAUUCUAGGCACUAUUUGCCUUUCCCUCACCGGAAUCAACCUCGUUUCCGCAUCGUGCGAACCCGAAGUCUCAUUCCCUCCACCCCGGUAUACUGAUACCUCUUUGCAAGAUGCCUUCAAGACCGUCACAUCCAACCUCGACAAGGCCAUCAAGGCGGGAGAUUUUAAGGGGACCUCGUUCUCACUAGAGAUCUCCUCUUCCCAGAAGACACUCUAUUCAAAGUACCACACGGACAAAUCUUUGAAAAAGACUAGGGUGAAUGGAGACUCGGUGUAUCGCAUUGCUAGCAACACCAAGCUUUUCACGGCUCUGGGCAUUCUCCAGCAAGAAGCGGCUGGCAAACUUAGUCUGGAUGAUCGGGUAGUUGAGCAUAUCCCCAAACUCCCGAUGAAUAAGACCAGAUUUGACUGGGAGAGAAUUACCAUUCGCUCGUUGUUAGCUCAUCUGAGUGGUAUUCCUGACAAUUAUGGCGAUAAUGAUCUCUACCUCCAACUUGAGGAUCCCACUGUCGUCGGUCUGCCACCGAUUUCUGCCUCUCGCGCCAAAGCCUUACCCAAAUGUAAUGAGUACGACAACUACUCAAGAUCCUGCACUGAUUCAGAAUUGAACAACGCAAUCCGGCACUCUGUCCCUGUUUUCCCAGCCCAGAGUGAGUCCACGUACAGCAACGAUGCGUACGAUCUCCUAGGGCAAAUCCUGGCCCGCGUGUCUGGUAUGAAAUAUGAGGAGUAUAUCUCGCAAGCUAUUCUCAAUCCCCUUGGUCUGAAAGGCACUUCAUUCACGACUCCAUCAUCCUCUGCGGGCGUGGAUAUCGGCCCAGAAAGUCAAUGGGGCGAGAACCUGGGUGCCGAUAAUGCGAGCGGUGGUAUCUACAGCACAUCCUCAAACAUGAUUACCUUCCUUCGCUGGAUCCUCAACAACUACAACUCCAUAACCCCUCGUCUAAACUGGCUUCAACCUGCAACCUGGAGCACGGGCUCGCACUCGACACUUGGUUAUCCAUGGGAGAUCUUCCGGACGACUUCGCUCAUUCCAAACAGCAGACGGCCCGUAACAUUCUACACCAAGGGAGGUGGGCUGACGGGGUAUUAUAGUUACAGCAUCGUCAUUCCCGCGUACGAUCUGGUGGUGUUCAUGGCUAUGGGUGGUAAUCUGCCCUCGCAGACAACAAUUUUUACUUCAAUCCUCAAUCCACUAGUAUUGGGUGCCGAGGAUGUUGCAGAGGCGCAAUUGAAGAAGGAUUACGCAGGAACUUAUACCUUCCAUUCUGCUGGCGGGACCGCGCUAAACUCCUCCAUGAUGCUAACCCAAAACACCCCGCGUGCACUACACAUUUCGUCCUUGGUCUCCAACUCAACAGACGUGCUCGCCGCACUUGGGCCCCUAGUCGGACAAAAGAGUGGGGUCUCUUCCGGAAUCUACUUCGCUCUACAGCCGACGUUCCUUUCCAGGACUUCAGCUGAUGGCCAUGUUGGCGAGGUCUGGCGCUUUAUUAAUGUCAUCGAUGACUAUGAUGCUCCUGUUAAUCCGUCUACUGUUUGGGAUGAUUAUUGCGUUUCUAAUGUUGACCCGCUUGCUUAUGCUGGUGUCCCGCUUAAUGAAGUUAUUUUCUGGAGAGAGCAGGGUGACGCCCCGGUGGAGGAGGUGGAACUUUCGGCUUUUGAUGUUAGGUUGAGGAGGGAGUGA